AUGGCAGCUCUUCCAAAUGAACGAACCAUCCUAACCCGGCCGUUUGCUGCCACUGGUAUCGACUUUGCUGGACCUUACGACAUCAAAAACUACACUGGGAGAGCAUGUCUAAUCACCAAAGGAGAUAUAUGUGUAUUUGUAUGCUUCUCAACUAAAGCAAUACAUCUCGAACCCGUUAGCGAUCUCACUACGCAAGCCUUCCUAGCAGCAUUCUCCCGUUUCUUCUCGAGGCGUGGAUGUCCCGCCAAUCUUUAUUCCGACAACGGAACAAACUUUAUAGGAGCUUCACAGUUGCUAAUGAAAGAUCGGCGUGAAUUAUUACAGACACUUCGAACUCAAAUUACAUCUCUCCAUAGCCAUCAAAAUAUCUCAUGGCACUUCAACCCACCAGGAGCUCCACAUAUGGGUGGAUUAUGGGAAGCAGGCGUAAAAAGUCUAAAAAUCCACCUAAAAAAGAUCGCAAAACUACAAAAAUUCACGUUUGAAGAAUUUGCUACCCUCUUGACCCGCAUUGAAAGUUGUUUAAACUCUCGGCCAAUAAGCCCCAUAAGCGACGACUCAUCAAACUUGGAACCUCUAACUCCAGGACACUUCCUUAUAGGUACCCCAUUGUUAACCCCUGCCGAACCCAAUUUAGAGGAUGCAAACUUAAGCAUCGUUAACAGAUGGCAGAAACUAAAAAUACUCUACCAGCACAUUUGCAAGAGAUGGAAGGAAGAGUACCUUAAGGAGCUACACAAACGAUACAAAUGGAAAUAUCCACAACGUAAUAUUGAAGUUAACGACUUAGUCGUUAUAAGAAACGAAAAUAUUUCACCCAAUGAAUGGAAGCUCGGUCGAAUCCAAAAGGUCUUCCCCGGCUUAGACAAUAAGACACGAGUGGUUGAAAUCCGAACUGCUCAAGGCACAAUAACCCGCCCCAUCACAAAAAUUGUGAUAUUAAAUACAGAAUAA